GCUCGAGGGUUAGUCCUGUUGCCCCCCUCGCUGCCAUCACCUCGUUCGCUGGUACUCGGUCCGCCCUUUCCCCCGGACCCCACCCUUCUGAGGGACCGCACCCUAAAGCCGAAGGUGCCUCAGUCACCAGCCGGCUACCUGGCGCCUGCGCCUUAGCUUCUGGUUCCCGCCCUCUACUUCAGUCCGGCGGCCAGCCAGGCUGGCUCUGCAGUUGCGCAGCUCGCGUCGCGGCCCUUCUACCCUUCCGCACCCUGCCGCCUCCUGACGCCGGGCGUGACGUAACCACGCCGGUGGCCGCCAUUACAGAGAGCCGAGCUCUGGGGGUAGAGCGAGAGGAGGAGGGCAGCGGCCUGUGGCCGAGCAUUGAGGGGAGAGCCAGAGGGCCAGCGAUAGCGCCGAGCAACCGCCAGUGACCACAGAAGUACUCCGGAAACCGGCGGCGGCCUGUGCGUGUGGCCCGUGUGCGGGCGGCGGCGCGGGAGUAGCGCGGAGCGGCAGCCGGUUCGGGCGGGUGUCAUCAUGGACGAGAAGGUGUUCACCAAGGAGCUGGACCAGUGGAUCGAGCAGCUGAAUGAGUGCAAGCAGCUCUCCGAGCCCCAGGUCAAGAGCCUUUGCGAGAAGGCUAAAGAAAUCCUGACAAAAGAAUCCAAUGUGCAGGAGGUGCGAUGUCCGGUCACUGUCUGCGGAGACGUGCAUGGGCAGUUCCACGACCUCAUGGAGCUGUUCAGAAUCGGGGGCAAGUCACCAGAUACAAACUACUUGUUUAUGGGAGACUAUGUUGACAGAGGAUACUAUUCAGUUGAAACAGUUACUCUGCUCGUAGCUCUUAAGGUUCGUUACCGUGAACGCAUCACUAUUCUUCGAGGGAAUCACGAGAGCAGACAGAUCACACAAGUAUAUGGUUUCUAUGAUGAGUGUUUAAGGAAAUAUGGAAAUGCAAAUGUUUGGAAAUAUUUUACAGAUCUUUUUGACUAUCUUCCUCUCACUGCUUUGGUGGAUGGACAGAUCUUCUGUCUCCACGGUGGCCUCUCACCGUCCAUAGACACACUGGACCACAUCAGAGCACUCGAUCGUCUACAAGAAGUUCCCCAUGAGGGUCCAAUGUGUGACUUGCUGUGGUCAGAUCCAGAUGACCGUGGUGGUUGGGGUAUAUCUCCUCGAGGAGCUGGUUACACCUUUGGGCAAGAUAUUUCUGAGACAUUUAAUCAUGCCAAUGGCCUCACGUUGGUGUCCAGAGCGCACCAGCUGGUGAUGGAGGGGUAUAAUUGGUGCCAUGACCGGAAUGUAGUAACGAUUUUCAGUGCUCCAAACUAUUGUUACCGUUGUGGUAACCAAGCUGCAAUCAUGGAACUUGAUGAUACUUUAAAAUACUCUUUCUUGCAGUUUGAUCCAGCACCUCGCAGGGGUGAGCCCCAUGUUACUCGUCGUACCCCAGACUACUUCCUGUAAUGAAAGUUUAAACUUGUACAGUAUUGCCAUGAACCAUAUAUUGACCUAAUGGAAAUGGGAAGAGCAACAGUAACUCCAAAGUGUCAGAGAAUAGUUAACAUUCAAAAACUUGUUUUCACACGGACCAAAAGAUGUGCCAUAUAAAAAUACAAAGCCUCUUGUCAUCAACAGCCGUGACCACUUUAGAAUGAACCAGUUCAUUGCAUGCUGAAGCGACAUUGUUGGUCAAGAAACCAGUUUCUGGCAUAGCGUUAUUUGUAGUUACUUUUGCUUUCUCUGAGAGACUGCAGAUAAUAAGAUGUAAACAUUAACACCUCGUGAAUACAAUUUAACUUCCAUUUAGCUAUAGCUUUACUCAGCAUGAAUGUAGAUAAGGAUAGCAACAAUCAUUGGAGCUUAAUGAACAUUUUUAAAAAUAAGUACCAAGGCCUCCCCUCUACUUGUGAGUUUUGAAAUCGUUCUGUUUAUUUUCAGGGAUACCGUUUAAUUUAAUUGUAUGAUUUGUCUGCACUCAAGUUUAUUUCCUUCUCAAAUCUCAGCCUCAUGUUGUUUUUUUGUUAUUGUCAGAACCUGGUGAGUUGUUUUGAACAGAACUGUUUUUCCCCCUACUGUAAGACGAUGUUACUGCACAAGAGCACUGCAGUGUUUUUCAUAAUAAACUUGUGAACUAAGAACUGAGAAAGUCAAAUUUUAAUUGUAUUAAUGGGCAAGACUGGUGCUGUUUAUUUAAAAGAUACAUCAAUUGAUAAAUUUUAGAAUUUGUAGAAUUCUAGGUAAAGAAAAAUAAAAAUCAAGGCCAUUACAUAAUCUCUCUGGUAACUCCUUGGCAUUCUUCAGAUGAAUUUCAUGACUUAAUUGGUAGUUCAGGUAGUACACUUUAUCACAUUGCCAGUGUGCUCUUCGUGGGUUCUUCCUGCAUCUUGUCUGCAAGAAAGGAAAUCUGUGUGCUACUUCAGUGAGACUGGACUGUAAAACCAUGUAACUUGAGAUUAAAUUUUGGGGGUUUCGUUUUAAUAAAAUAGCAUGUUUUCAGGUAGAGUUUAACAAA